GCUCUCUUCUUUCUCGUGCUUUACGUAGAGGUGUCGGACUGGUAACACCCACCACGUUUCCCAGGCUCAGUCAUCAUCAGGCGAUCAGUCUCUUGAAGAGGAACCUGCUUCGAUCAUCAACAAAAUUCCAGCGUGGGUCGCAAAGUGGGACCAUGAGAUAGAUAGUUGUUUUUCUUUCAGCUGACACACAGCUCUACACUGAUAGCCUAUCAUGAUAAACACGAACAUACGAGAAUAUGGAUUUUUAUUUCUGAUUUAAAGAAGUCUGCGCCGGGUAUAUUGCAUUAGGCGAUCAUAAAGACAGUUUUAGAUAUUUGUAUAUGUGUCUUCCUAUUUGUUGAGUAUUCGUUAAAGCGUAUUUGGCAAUACGGUUUAAUUAAUUUAAAAGAAGUUAAAAAGAAAAAAACCACAGGACAUGGUCUACCAUCUCAACGGAUUGCGAACAGCACAGUGCUCUUAAACUGGAUGCAUAAAAGGAGUUAAAUCAAACAAAUUGUUUCUUUGCGGGACAAUAACACUAUUUGCACUUAACAUCAACAAAAGCUUGAUGGCUCAACGGUACGAGGACCUUGCCCACUAUGGUGGCGGUAUGGACGGAGUCGGGGUUCCGGCGUCGAUGUACGGGGACCCACACGCUCCACGGCCCCUGCCGCAAGUUCACCACUUAAACCACGGGCCACCGCCACAUACCACUCAGCAUUAUGGGGCCCAUGCACCACACAGUAUCAUGCCCAGCAACAUUGGCUCAGCUGUCAACGACGCACUUAAAAGAGACAAGGACCAGAUUUAUGGGCACCCGUUAUUUCCCCUUCUGGCGCUGGUUUUUGAGAAGUGUGAGCUCGCCACAUGCACGCCGAGAGAGCCCGGGGUCGCUGGAGGAGAUGUGUGCUCAUCUGAUUCUUUUAACGAGGACAUCGCUGUGUUUGCAAAACAGAUACGCGCAGAGAAGCCGCUAUUUUCCUCUAAUCCAGAGCUGGACAAUUUGAUGAUACAAUCAAUACAAGUAUUACGAUUCCAUCUUUUAGAACUUGAAAAGGUACACGAGCUUUGCGACAACUUCUGUCAUCGGUAUAUAAGCUGUUUGAAAGGGAAAAUGCCUAUAGACCUGGUAAUUGAUGAACGGGAUGGAUGCAAGUCAGACUUCGAUGACCUCUCAGGAUCCUCGACAAAUCUUGCAGAUCACAAUCCAGCAUCCUGGAGAGACAUGGAUGAUGCUCACUCCACGCCUUCAGUCGGCACCCCAGGACCCUCCAGUGGGGGACAUGCUUCUCAGAGUGGAGACAACAGCAGUGAACUAGGGGAUGGUUUGGAUAACAGUUUGGCAUCUCCAGGCACAGGGGAUGAAGAUGACCAGGACAAAAAGCGGCAGAAAAAGAGAGGAAUCUUCCCAAAAGUGGCAACCAAUAUUAUGCGGGCAUGGCUUUUCCAGCAUCUCACACACCCAUAUCCAUCUGAAGAGCAGAAGAAGCAGCUAGCACAGGACACAGGACUUACCAUCUUACAAGUGAAUAACUGGUUUAUCAAUGCUCGAAGAAGAAUUGUGCAACCCAUGAUUGAUCAGUCAAACAGAGCAGUGAGUCAAGGAACCGCUUACAGUCCUGAUGGUCAACCUAUGGGCGGCUUUGUUUUAGAUGGCCAACAGCACAUGGGUCUUCGGCCUGGUGGUCCCAUGGGAGGUAUGGGUAUGAACAUGAGCAUGGAUGGACAGUGGCACUACAUGUAAACUUCUACAUUCUGAAAACAAAUUGUUAUAGGUUUUUAUGGUGACCUAAGGCAUGAGGAACGAGUGAGUCAAUUUGACAUUUUUCAAAUCUGAUCACAUCCCUGUCAAACAGCAAAUACCUUCUCUAUUUAUGGGAACUCAAACCUCAUCAAACUGGCCAUUAUAAACCCAACCAAACUACUGUGCAAAAGAGGACCAGCAAAAAAAAAAAAAAAAAAACAGACAAACCUGAAGCAUUUUUGUCAAAAGAAAGACUUUUGCAACUGGGAUACUGAUUAUUUCUUUUUUAAAUUAUUUAUUUAUUCUUGUUACUCUCAAGAAGCACAGGGACCAGAACAUUUGUGCACUUUGGCUCAACUCUAGAGUGGCUGCCCCAGAAAAUAUUUUGUUCAUAUCUGCUCAUUUACAGCAAGUGCACACCCUCAUAUUAAAUGUAUUUGUCCUCCUAAAUACACAGAAGUGAAAUAUAUUAAAAAUGUAAUGUUCACCAAGAAAUGAGUGUAUAACUUUUUUUGAAAAAAAUUGUUCAAUGUUUGGACUGGUAUUGACUAGUUUUAGACUUUCACUUUUAUUCUAAAUAUUAAAUACUGAGAAAUGAAACAGUUGACACAAAUUCCAGUACCUGAAAUCACAAAUCCAGUACCUGAAGUAUUUUUCAGGUGGAAGGAUAGUAUCAUUGAGGAAAUUUAUUGUUAAUUUUAUAUGUUGAAUUGGGAUAAUUCUCUUGUAAAGUAUGUCUGGAGGAUUAGAUAUGUUUCAUUGUACAUAAUUGUGUACAUUUUAUUUGUAAAACACAUCAUUGUAAAAUCGGCAUUCGGUCCAGAUCUGUUAAGAAAUAAGAUGGGAUAUUGUACAUUUUUUCUCACUCCUAGUUUUCUCUACGGAAAUGUCAAAGUUUGCUGAAUGUGAUUUACUGAUAAGUUAAAUCAAUCCUCUUGUGCAGUCAUUUUCCUUUUAGAAGUGUUUUAAAAGCAGCUCUUCAAUAUUUCUACACAAUCAAAUGUUGAAUUCUUGUAAUAAAGACUUAAUUUUCAAAAUGUUAAA